AUGCCUUCUAUCUUCUCUCUCACGGCCGCUGCGGUCCUUUUGACCGCGGUGGUUGCCAGUCCGGUCGAGAAACGUGGUUCAUUUACGAUCCAACAGUUCCAGUCUGCCAAGAAGGUUCCGCGCGUCGGUCCUCUUGCUAUGUCCAGGACAUACGCAAAGUAUGGCGCCAAGGCACCUUCAGAUGUUCAGGCUGCCGCUGCUGCUGCCAGCGGUAGUGUGACUGCUACUCCUGAGGAUCAAUACGACUCUCUCUACCUCUGCCCGGUCAAGGUUGGCAGUCAGACUCUUGAUCUUGACUUUGACACUGGUAGCGCUGACCUUUGGGUCUUCUCCACGGAGCUACCGGCCACUCAACAGUCGGGACACGCCGUGUAUCAGCCCACUGCAUCAAAGAAGAAGCAAGGCUACACCUGGAACAUAUCCUACGGCGACGGCUCCGGCGCCUCAGGCGACGUCUACGCCGACACCGUCGUCGUCGGAGGCGUAACAGCCACCUCGCAAGCCGUCGAGGCCGCAACCUCCGUCUCGUCCUCCUUCUCAUCCGACACCAACGACGACGGCCUCCUCGGCCUCGCCUUCUCCACCAUCAACACCGUCUCCCCCCAGAAGCAAACCACCUUCUUCGACACCGUCAAAAGCCAGCUCGCCACGCCCCUCUUCGCCGUCACCCUCAAGUACCACCAAGCCGGCACCUACGACUUCGGCUACCUCGACACCGCAAAAUACACCGGCGCAAUCUCCUACGUCACCGUCAACACCCAAAACGGCUUCUGGGAAUUCACCGCCGGCGGCUACACCGUCGGCUCCGCCGCCCCCGUCGCCUCCUCCUUUGACGCCAUCGCCGACACCGGCACCACCCUCCUCUACCUCCCCUCCGCCAUCGUCUCCGCCUACUACGCAAAGGUCGCCGGCGCCGCCUACUCCAGCACCUACGGCGGCUACGUCUUUGCCUGCUCCGCCGCCCUCCCCGACUUCUCCCUCACCAUCGGCGGCACCUCCCAUCGUGUGCCGGGCAAGUACAUCAACUACGCCCCCGCGUCUGGGAGUACCUGCUUUGGCGGCAUUCAGCGGAAUACGGGGAUUGGGUUCAGCAUUCUGGGGGAUAUCUUCCUUAAGAGUCAGUAUGUCGUGCAUGAUGUGUCGCAGGCGGCGCCGCGGAUCGGCUUUGCGACGCAGGCGAAUCUUGCGUGA